UUAAGAUGUACUAAAAUAUAACACACAGCUAACUUCACGUCAAACUGAAUUCUGUUUUGUCAUUGUAAAGUAAAACUCCAGGAAUAACACAAAUUUUGUAUUUAAAAUGAACCAGCAAUCGCUCAAAGUGCGCCCCACAGACGUAACUGUGCUGAACGCAUCCGGCAAGGCGACGCUGCCCACAGAGCCAAAUUGCUUAAGUCAACUGGCACACGUCCAUCGUCUGAGGGAUUCGGAAUUGAAUUAUGCCGAUCACAGAUACAAUAUAGAUAUGCAAAUGCUGCGUAAUCGCGAAGGCCUGGGUGCCCCCUUGAAAAUGGGCAUGGAUAGAUUUGCUGCAAAGCGAAUUGGACGUUUGCCUUUCUUGCAGUCCAGUAACUUAAUGGACGAUGUUUUGACUGGGCGCUGUGAUGAAAUCACGUUUCAAGACUUCUUAGGUCUCCCUGAAUACAAUGAGAAUCUGCGCCAGCCGCACGCCGUCGUGGAGAAGUCUUUGGGCAUUUAUCUUUAAAUAAACAGAUGAAAAAACUUUACAUACCAAUUUACACAAUUAAACAAAUCUCUCUUUGAAAAACAUAGUAAAA